AUGACGAUCACCACACCCUUUCAAUGUUUGGUCAGCCGUCUCGGCCAAAUGGCUCUGAAAGAAGCCUUGGAGCCAUCGCCACAAGCCCACUUUGAGCUAUUACGAGUGAUCGACGAGCUGAGGUCUGCAGUGGAAACGCCGACGGAGACCGUGUUGCGUCUGAUCUACCAGCCUCCUCAAAAUGCUGCAUUGCGCGUUGUCAUUGAUUUGGGAAUUUUCGCCAUGCUUGUGGAGAAGCGGCACAGAGGAACGGGGCUUUCAGCCGCUCAGCUGGCAGAAUACACGGGCGCUGAGCGUGAUUUAAUUGUCCGACUGAUGCGUGUCAUGGCUUCUCUUGGGCUGUGCGUCACACCGACUCCCGAGCUCUAUGUUGCCAAUGAGAAGACGGUGGCACUCACUCAGCCGAUUGGGAGAGAUGGAAUCCCAUGCAUAUAUGAUCUUACCUUUCCAACCCUGAGCAAACUUCCGGAGUAUCUGCGCUCCCACGGCUAUGCCAAUCCCCAGGAUUAUACUCAGUCGCCUAUGCAAUGGGCCGUUGGUCAGAGUCAGUUUGAGUGGCUUUCGAGUCAUGCCCAGCAGCAGGAGCUCUUCAACUCGUACAUGGCUAGUCGUCGCGAGGGUAGACCGAUGUGGUACGAUAUAUACCCCGUCGGACGACUGUUUGGCCAUGCCGUGCCAUACAAAGAUACCGUCUUCCUAGUAGACAUUGGUGGCAACCAGGGGCAUGAUCUGGGCAAGUUCCGCCGGGAAUAUGGCCAUCUGCCUGGCAGAAUGGUACUGCAGGAUUUACCAAGCGUGAUCGAAGGGGUCGAGGCAGAGAGUGCAGGAAUCGAGGUGAUGGGAUACAAUUUCAUGGAUCCUCAACCGGUCAAAGGUGCCCGUGCGUACUACUUUCGCUCUAUCUUCCACGACUGGGAUGACCAUAUCAGUCGCAAGAUCCUCCGCAAUACGGUGACAGCAAUGGCGCCGGACUAUUCUCGGAUUCUCAUUGUGGAUUUCGUCCUGCCAGACACCGAUACGCCGCUGAUGCAGGCCUCCCUAGAUAUUCAGAUGAUGAGUAUAGGAGCUGGUGUCGAGCGGUCAGAGCGACAGUGGAGAGAUCUCUUGCAUAGUGCCGGCCUGGAAAUCACGGGGAUUUGGAACCAGAGUCCGGCGAUGGAAUCGGUGAUUGAAGCGGUUCCAAUGUUAAAAUAG